AUGUACUCUCCAAAGGUUGGCGACAGGCUGGAUAGCCUCGACACGCCCUCCAUGAUCGUCAAUCUCGACCUGAUGGAAGCCAACAUCAAGAAGCUGAUGGAUGCUCUCCUUCCGACUGGUCGCAACAUUCGCCCCCAUCUCAAAACCACCAAGAGCGCCGUCCUAGCCCACAAGCUGGUCGCCGCGGGCGCCAAAGGUUGCUGCGUGGCCAAGGUUUCAGAGGCCGAGGCCAUCAUUGCGGCCGGCUUCGACGAUAUCCUCAUCACGUGUGAGAUCAUUGGAGCACCCAAAGUGCGAAGACUGGUCGAACUGUUUUCAAAGCACAAGAGCAUUAGGAUCGUGGUGGACAGCGAAGUUGGCGCCACGGCCAUCGAUGACGCUCUCGAGCAGGCUGGUGUAUCAGAGCCUAUCUCGGUUUUGAUCGAUUUGGAUGUCGGAUUGCAUCGCACCGGAGUUUCCCCCGGAGAACCAGCUUUAGCACUUGCAAAGCACGUCAGCGGUCUGAAGCAUCUGCGGUUGAUCGGCGUUCAAGGAUACGAAGGUCACUUGCAACAUCUACACGACAGAGAAAGCCGCAAGACGCAGUGCCUCGAAUCCAUGAAGACGCUGACCGAUACCGCCACAGCUCUCAAGAAAGAGGGCUACGAUAUCCAGGUUGUCACAACUGGUGGUACGGGUACCGCCGAAUUCUGCGCUACUGUUCCCGGUGUUACGGAGCUGCAGCCAGGAUCCUUCAUCUUCAUGGAUACUGACUACCGAAAUGCCGUGGGGACGUUCUACUCGCACAGUCUGACAUUGCUUGCAACUGUUUUGAGCAAACAGGGCGAGCGACAAGUCACGAUAGACACUGGGCUCAAGUCUUUGACGACAGACAGCGGACUGGCGGAGUGCAAGGAUCAGAGGUACAAGCAUGAGAACUUGGGCGACGAGCAUGGGAGCUUGAAGUGGGAAGAGGGCACGCCAGAUCUCAAGAUCGGAGACAGAGUUGAGAUGGUCCCCAGCCACAUCGACCCGACGGUCAACCUCCACGAGGUUUACUAUGCCUAUCGUAAUGGUAUUGUUGAAGAGAUCUGGCCCGUCGACUCAAGAGGCAAGGUUCAGUGA